UUAUAUACUCAGUACGAACUAUUUUUUUUUUCUUUUUCUUUUGCCUUUUUAGAGGUAACAAUAAUAGUAGUUUAUUCAACCACGAGUUCAGAAAGGAAAAACCAAAAUAAGUAUAAAAUGCCCAAAGGUUAAAAAGGAAGCAAAAUAGAGAAAGAAAACAAACGAAUUGCUCCCUCAAAACUACUUCGCUCUUUCUUUCCUUCUAUAUAAGAUAAUUCUUACGGUAAUUUUCGGGAUUUCUGCUAUUAGAGAAGUUUGUUGAAGAGAGUGAUAAUAGAGUUGAAAUGGUAAUGGAGGAUACGGAGAGUUGUGGUAGUAGAGUGGUGGAUUCAGCGCCGACGAACAGCCGGCAACACAGAAAGAAGUUGGAGGUUUACAAUGAGGUUCUUCGUAGACUCAAAGAAUCUAACAACGAUGAGGCGCAACAGCCUGGCUUUGACGAUGAGCUUUGGGCUCACUUUAAUCGCCUUCCUACUCGGUACGCGUUAGAUGUGAAUGUUGAAAGUGCAGAAGAUGUACUCACGCACAAGCGGUUACUACAUCUUGCACAUGAUCCAGCUAAUAGACCUGCAUUUGAUGUCCGGCUGGUGCAGGUUACUCCAGUUCCUGAUGGAAACUCAGCAGAUCCUGUUCCAUUUAACUCUGCAAACAAGGAAAUUAGCCGAAGUGGCCUUCCUCUACCUGCCUUUGGUUCUUCCCCUAAUCUCGAAGCACUUGCUCUUGAAGCUAGCAAAUCUGAAGUUCAAGAUGAGGAUGUUACUGUUACUUGUGGAAAUUUGUUACGGCCAAUGCAUGAAAUUACCUUUUCAACUGAUGACAAGCCCAAGCUCCUCAGCCAGUUAACUUCAUUACUAGCCGAGCUUGGGCUGAACAUCCAGGAAGCACAUGUAUUUUCCUCUGUUGAUGGCUACUCCCUAGAUGUUUUCGUUGUUGAUGGUUGGCCCUAUGAGGAAAUUGAGCAGCUUCGAAUGGCGCUGAAAAGGGAAAUUAUGAUGAUUGAGAAAUCUUCACCAAGUCAAAGUCCAUCAGAAUCUUUUAGAAAGGAGAGCAAAACACUCAUCAAAUGUGAACUUGAUCCUGUGACAAUACCUUGUGAUGGCAUUGAUGUCUGGGAAGUUGAUCAUCAGCUUCUAAAAUUCGGCAACAAGAUUGCUUCUGGUUCAUAUGGUGACUUAUACAAAGGUACAUACUGCAGUCAGGAAGUAGCUAUCAAGAUCCUCAAAUCUGAGCGCUUGAACACAGAAUUGCAAAAGGAGUUUGCCCAAGAAGUUUAUAUCAUGAGAAAAGUUCGUCAUAAAAAUGUUGUGCAAUUCAUAGGGGCAUGUACUAGACCUCCAAACUUGUGUAUAGUAACAGAGUACAUGUCUGGAGGAAGCGUAUAUGACUAUUUACACAAACAAAAGGGAAGUUUUAAGCUUCCUACUUUGCUGAAAGUAGCAAUUGAUGUAUCAAAAGGGAUGAAUUACCUGCACCAGAAUAACAUCAUACACAGAGACUUGAAGGCUGCCAAUCUACUGAUGGAUGAAAAUGAAGUUAUUAAAGUGGCUGAUUUUGGUGUUGCCAGAGUGAAGGCACAAACUGGUGUCAUGACGGCUGAGACAGGGACUUAUAGAUGGAUGGCCCCUGAGGUUAUAGAACACAAGCCAUAUGAUCACAAAGCAGAUAUUUUCAGUUUUGGCGUUCUGUUAUGGGAAUUGAUGACUGGAAAGCUUCCGUAUGAGUACUUGACCCCACUACAAGCUGCCAUUGGAGUUGUCCAGAAGGGAUUGCGACCAGCUAUUCCCAAACAUACUCAUCCAAAACUUGCUGAGUUACUGGAGAAAUGCUGGCAACGAGAUCCAACAUCAAGGCCUGAUUUCCCUGAAAUAAUAGAGACAUUGCAGCAAAUAGCAAAAGAGGUUGCAGAUGAGGAAGAUGAUCGUCGCAAGGAGAAGCCAUCUGGAGGAUUCUUUUCAGUCCUCAGGCGUGGACACCACUAAGUAGAUACACUUAUAGAGAAUGUUGAUAAAAAGUUAUAAUCUGAUUACACACUUCUAGCUUAUUUAUCCAUUUUGUACAGAUUUUUUCCCGAUCAAUGUUGUCAUUUUCAAUAGAAUGUUUUUGCUAAUUAUUUUGAGAUACCCUUCUUUAGGUGGUCAUUCUUUCUUUCAGCAUUUUCUUCAUUGUGUUCAAGAAGCUAGCCAAGAGAGAAGCUUUUCGGUCAUGUGUGGAGCUUGUUGACCUCGAGCGAAUUUUACCAGUACUCCUGAUUUUCCUUGGUCUAAGAUGUUUGUUGAUUGUAUAAGAACAUUCUGCUUUUUGUAUCUUAACAAGCAAAUCUUUUCAUUCGGUCGUAGGUCUUUUGUUUUCUGUUCUCUCAAUGUAUUAUUGCAUCAUCAAAAGGAAAGAGUUCCGUUUCA